AUGGCACAAGUCGAAUGUCCAGUUUGCUCGCGUAAGUUUGCAGAAGAUGCGAUAGAAUCGCACGUCAUCCAGUGCUUGGACGAACAGCAGUACAAGGAAGAUGAAAAGCUGGCCCGGCAACUCGAGCGAUCGUCAGAUUCUUCUUCCUCCUCCUCCUCUUCUGACUACUCCGGCACUACCGGGUUGGACGUGAACAGACCGCACGACGGCGUGCUUGGCACGUUGAAGACCGACCCCACGAACACGCUGCUGGCCGGGACCGACGCAAAGGAAGCGCUGCUCGAGUUGCUCGAGGAGCGACACCAAUUGGGCCCGCUCAUCAUUCUGAUCGAGGACGCCCAUCGGCACUUGUUUGGCUGCUUCCUUACAACCCCGCUAAAGAGCCAAAAGAAGCUGUCUUCCUUUACCGGAACAGGCGAGGCUUUCCUGUUCACGCUUCGGCCUGAAUGUGAAGCCUUCCGGUGGAGCGGGGUCAAUGGCUACUACGUGGCCACCUCUUCGGAAUCGAUAUGCAUCGGAUGUGGUGGCGGCGGAUUCGGUCUGCGCGUUGGGUUGGAGGGGGACGUGACGCAGGGUGCAUCGAGCCCGUGCGAAACCUUCUUCAAUCCAACCCUUUCCGGCUCCGAGUUCUUUGAUUGUCGAGCCGUCGAGGUGUGGCGGCUCGCCUAG